AUGAUGGCUUGGCUCCAGUUGUGGACUAUGGGGCUCUUGGCCCCUAUGGCCUUAUCCAUCUCUCUCAUCAUUGCUGAGGACUCCGGUCUUCCUGUGGUGGAAGCCGAGAAACGAGGCCCUGUUGAAAUUGUGAAGAAGGAGUCCCAUCCUGUCCUGCUCAGGCAGAAGAGAGAGUGGAUCUGGAACUCUCUCUAUGUGGAGGAGGAGAAACCUGCACCCAUCGCUUACAAGAUCGGACAACUGAAGUCAAGUCAAGCAGUGGAUGUGAAGAGGUUUAAAAUAGAAGGUGAAGGAGCAAACACCAUCUUCACUGUGGAUCAAAAAGGAGACCUGUUUGUCACGAAGUCUCUGGACAGAGAAGAGAAGAAUUUGUAUCAUUUGACUGCCAGGAUGUUUGAUGGGAAAAACAAGGUGAUCGAGGAUUCGGGAGACUUUGUUGUCCAGGUGACGGAUAUCAAUGACAACAGCCCUGUUUUCCCCAAAACAUACAAUGGAUCCAUUACGGAGAGGUCCCCAAUGGCAACCAAAGUAGUUGAAGUGAGGGCAACUGAUGCCGAUGACCCCACCACUGCUAAUGGAGAGCUCAGGUAUUCUUUGACCCAAGAUGGAGACCUUUCUGCCUUCGAAAUUGACAGCAUCACAGGUGUGAUCAGCUGCAAGAUAAACACACUGGAUCGGGAAACCAAGAGCCAGUAUGUGGUGGUGGUUAAAGCUCAGGACAUGAGAGGAAUGGCCUCUGGCAGCACAGCCACCACCUCUGUCACCAUCGCCAUCGCAGACACCAACGACAACAUAGCUUCUUUCACCCGUAAGGCUUAUGAACUGCAGGUUCCAGAGGACCACAAGUUGAAUGAGAAGAUUGGCACUCUGGAGUUGGAGGACAGAGAUCAGAUCCAGAACAAAGAGCCAAUCUUCGCCAUUCUAAGUGAAAACAGCAAAAUAUUUAAUAUUGAACUCAGCCCUAACAAAGACGGCAACCUCAUGCUCAAACAGGCUCUGGACUUCGAGGCAGUGAACAACUACACUUUCACUGUGCAAGUGCGAGAAAACCUAAGAAACCUGCGUUUUCCUGCUGACAACGUGAACAGCGCCGUCACCACAGCCCAGGUAAACAUCAAGGUGUUAGAUGUAGACGAGCCCCCUGUCUUCUCCCAGCCCACCUACACCUUCAACGUGUUGGAGGAACGGAUUGUGCAAAACAUAGGAAAAGUCACAGCCAAGGAUCCUGACAGAGCCAACAAGAAGAUACGGUACUCCAUCUUAGACAAAGACUGUCCCAUCAGUAUCCACCCGUUCACGGGUCAGCUGUCCACCUUGAGGAUACUGGACAGGGAACUGGAGGCCACACACAUGUUUCAAGUUAAGGCAGAGGAGGAGCCAAGUGGUUUGGAGUCGUUUGUGAAAGUUCACAUUAUAGUUCAGGACAUUAAUGACAACAAGCCGGAACUGGUAGUGGAUGAGAUCUUUGUCUGUGAGAACGACGUCACUGAUACGGUGAUAGGUACUUUGAGGGCCACAGAUAAAGACGACCAGCAGGCUUCCUUCAGUUUCAGCCUGGGCACUGAGAGCGCCAACUUCUCCAUCAAAGACUACGGCAAUAACACAGCCGACAUCAUGGUGAAACAGGGCCCGUUCAGCCUGGAUGACCCCAAGGAUUACAAUGUGGCUGUGAACAUUAGUGACGGAGGACAACCCAUCCAGAGUAAAAUUACCAAACUGGCAAUCAUGUCGUGCCGCUGUGAUGCCAGGCGUUUUCCCACGCAUUGCAAAGCCAGUGCUCGGAGGAUGUCAGUGAGUGUCCACGCCCUGAUAGCCAUUCUGCUCUGCAUACUAACCAUACUGGUUAUAGUGAUCCUGUUUGUGAUGAGGAAACGCUACCAGAAGGAUUCUCUGGCCAGUAUGAAGAACAGCGGGGAGAUCCAUGAGCAGCUGGUCACAUAUGACGAGGAGGGAGGAGGAGAGAUGGACACUAAUGGCUACGAUGUCUCAAUCCUCACUUCUGCUUGCCACGACGGCUCCCUGCUUCGCCACCCGGACCACCACCCCCGCCCCCCUCUCUAUGCCAUGGUGCAGAAACCCCCUCAACCCACCGCAUGUAAGGGCGACAUGGCGGCGAUGAUCGAGGUGAAGAAAGACGAGGCCGACCACGACAGAGACGGCUUCCCGUACGACACCCUCCACAUCUACGGCUACGAGGGACCCGAGUCUUUAGCCGGAAGCCUCAGCUCCCUGGAAAGUUCCUCCAGCGCUUCGAACUUGGAUUACGACUUCUUGAAUGACUGGGGGCCAAGGUUCAGGACCCUGGCUGAGCUGUACGGAGUGGAUGGACCCAACUAUCACAAUCAAUACUGAUGGAGAGCGUCUGCUAACAAGCAUACAUGAUGCCAAAACACACACACACACACACACACACACACACACACACACACACGUGUAAAACAGCCAUAAAAAUACACUCGCAAAUUGCCAAAAGCAUGCAGGAAAUGUACACGUUCACACACGUAGAACCAGGCUUUCAUGCUGUCCAUUUUGUCUCUGGAAAAGGAGCUUUGAUCUAGCAGAGAACCAGUUCUCCAAAAGACUUCUCCAGCUUCUGAAAACAGAAUCAGGGCGCUCUCGUUUCCAGUGUAACAUCAACUAACUUUUGUUAUCAAAUGUAAUUCAAUGAAUCCAUUAGUUUGUUGAGCCUCCUCAGUCCAUUCACCUCUAGUCACUAAAUAGAACUUCAUUUAACUCCAGGAAGCUCCAUCAAGUUGAAUUAAGGUUUUUUUGAGACAUCUCUCUCUCAUUUCCCUUUUUUUUUUUUUUUUUUUUUGUGGUGACAUGUUGCCCUUUGCCUCCACCAAGGAGAUUUUUAAAGUAACACCAAGACAUGACGCCAUUGGAGAAAGCUCCAAAGAUGUUCAAGAAGGUUUAUUGUUGGUGAAAGUGUGAGGAUGCAUUUUAUUCCAACACAGUGUUGUGAUGUUUGACAUCACAGUCAUUUUAUUCCACCUGCAAAGAUCUGAGAGUCCAAACAGAUGAAACUCCACAGCAGGCUUUAGCCAAUCAAAGUUCAUCAUGGAUAAUUGAUGGGAUAAUCAGUCACUGCUGGCCAGCGAUGUUAUUCAAUAAUUCGAAUUCUUUGUUUUUCGCAUUUGAUUCUUGUCUCAGCUCUCAUAUGCAGCACUAUUUUGAGUCCCCUUUUCUCACCAAUGACUUUGUUAACAUACAAAAAGCAUUGCUUGUAAAAGUUUAUAUCCUGAUCUGUUUGUACCCUGUCUCUGUUAAAAUUGCUCCUUUCUAUGGGCUGACAUUCAUUUACAUAUACACCUAGCAUUUCCGCAUAUCUCUUAAUAUAGAAAAAACUAAAUUUGGACGUCUAAAAAAUGGACGCAAUGCCUACAUUUACCACAAAAGACAACAUUAAAAAGUCUGCAUAGUCUUGUAUCCAGUUGUCAUUCUUUGGAUUUGUCAUUAUGAGCUAAUUUUAGUGAUUAAUAUUCUAACAUAAAUGGAAUUUGGUUAUUUCCGUCUUGCUGGGGAUUCAAAAUUUGCAUGUCAAAGCAGCUCAUUGUUGAUUUGAAAUUUUUUGCCAUACUUCUUUUUCUGUUUUCCACAUCUUUUUGUUGUAUCGACAACCUGUAAUCUCUUUGAACUAUGAAGUUUUUUAUCUUUUAAACAUCUGACAAAGGGGCCACAAACACAGCGAGGACAAGGACAAUUUUAUUGAUUGGAUUUGUAAAUAGGAUCGCUUGAGGGGUUUAUUGUUUGAGGUGACAAACUUUUGAGCAGCCGCAAGAGUUUUAACUCAAAAUAGUUUGAUCACAGCGAGAUUCUAGCUGCGUUUUCUUCAUCUGAAAUACAAAAAAAGGACCAUCUUUAAGGAAAGUCCAACUGUGAAAAACCCAAACUGUUCAUUAGUCUGUGAUGUCCAGAGGGUGUUUUGUGAUACGCCCGCUUAAUUACUAAUCUACUGAUCUACGCCAUUUCCCUUAAAGCCGUCUUGCAGCAAGUCUUGAGGUGACAUCAGCUGUUUUACCAGUUACCAGCAGAGUUAUGAAAAAGUUCAGAUAAGGCGCUUCAAAAGUUCCUUAUGUUUUAUUAUUGUUGCAGUUUUUUCAAAAUGGAAAUCUUCAAAAAAAAAAAAAAAAAUUUUCCUUUGUGUGUUUUCUGAAACCAACAAUCUGGUAUGAAUGAGGAGUCAUUUUGCCCAUUUUCCAAAUUAUCUGCUGCUCUAAGACGAGAAAGAACAAUAGACAGACAGAGAGAAAGGAAAUGGCACUGCCGCUCAGACAGAACUACAGUGUGUUCCCAGAUUUUAUUUGACAGAACCCAUCAUCACAGUUAUUGUUGACAUGAAAGCCCAAUUCUCAGAGGCCUACUACAACAAAAGUCAUUCAGACAACUCAGGAAACACCAAGUGGCAAAAGCAGCUAGUUGGGCAGCUGUGAUGGCUCUGAAGUGACUCGAAUAACUUUAACCUCUCAUCCUUCGUGGCUACUGUCAGGUCAUAAAAGUCUUUAAUACAAAAUUUGACAAUCUCUAGGUCGUUUUUAGCAUUUUUUUUAAGUCUGAUUCUGAAACAAAAAAUCAGUGGACCAGUCAUGCAUAAAGUAAGCUUGGACCCUUUUACUGACUUGGAACUAUUCAUUAGCUGUAGUUGGUGCUACUCAACAAUAAGGCAAGCUUACAAAGGCUUUCUUAUUUAUCAUUUUUAGUAUUGUGUUUAUUUUUGUUUGACAAGGGAUUCAAAGAUGAUAAUUAGAAAAAUAGCUGCCAAAACUGCCAGAUUUUGUUGAUUGAUGGAUAGAUUGACUAGCUGUUUCAGCUCUCUAGUGGGUUACCUUCCUAUCCUUCCAGAGAUCAUUUUCCUAAAUCAUUUGGUUUGCCAGGUCGUUAGCGACCUUUGGUGGGUCUAUAUUAUAUCCUCUGAUAAUGUGGAGGAUAUGCGGUCUCUUUGCUUUUUAUUUGCUCUUCAGGCAAUCAGGAACAACCACUCCCAGGGACCAUUUGAUCCCCAGCCUUCUGGGAGGAGGACUGUAGAGCGUCCAGCCAGGAACCAUUUAUCAAUGACUCACUUGCAAUCAAACAGCAACUACAGACAUUUUAGCUUCUGGAGACAAAUGAUGGAUUCAUCGGUUACACAGAAAGCCAUAUAUAAAGGGAAAAGGCCACUAAAUGUAGUGACAACUAUAAAAUCAGUUUGCCUGAUUAUAAAAUGGUGCCCAUUCCCAUUAAAAUAGUCUAGUUGACGUAACAAUAUUUGAAUAUAUUGUUGUAACUACUCUGCUGAAAACAAAGUCACACAGCUACAUGUCUAUGGGACAUUAAUUCCAGUGUAGAAGAUUUGGUUUAUUUAUGCUCCUGUUUAUUCUGUUUUGUUUGGACUUGAGCUUGUUUCCUUAAAACUCUCGCCUGCUUGGAAUUCCAUCUGAUAAAUGGAUACAAUAGCUGGAAACCCUCUCUGUGCUUUCCUGUUGGGUUCACAUAUAUACUCAGAGCAGCCUGUUCCUCCACCUCACUCUCAAUCUUUCUGUCGUUCUCCUGCUCGCCUUGUUUGCCUCACCAAAUCUUCCCCGCGCUGUCCUUCUCCCUCCGUCCUCUAAUCAGCUAAACCAAACAGUGAACUCAACUUCCUGUCCAUCUGGGGUAUUGUGCCCGCCCCUUCCUUUCUGUGUUAUCUCUCUCGUGAGCCAACACAUUGUGCUCACUUCCUUUUAGCCCGGCCUGGGAAACAACCUUGGAGAGGAAAAGGGAGCGAGAGGCAGGGAGAAACAUGGGAUGAGGCUGGGGGUUAACAAGACAGACAGAUGAAAAGAACAAUGUAGCGCAGUGAUGAGUUUUCCAGCUGAGCAGAAACACUUCAGAGCAUAAGAUGUGUGUGAUGAAACGCUGAGACACAUCACACGCGCAAGUGGAGUUAACAUCCUGUUACCCUGGCAUCUUUAUAAAGCAAUGUUGAUGAAUUCUUUUUCAGAAAUCAAUAUAAAUGACCAACAGCUGAAUCUUGAAAUUUAGCAAAAAGUGGCGGCAAAGGAAAUUUAUUAUUUGAAAAUUUGAAAAACUUUUAGCCGUUUGUUUAUGGCUCUUAUGUUAUCAUUGUUACAUUUUUUAUAGGUUUGCACUGAUGAUUUCAUUUCAAUCACAAGUAAGCCAUUGUUAUUCUUUUGUUUUAAAAAAUGUAUUAAGUCUUGUGAUAGCUCGUUUUACUGCUGAAGACAUUUCCAAAAUCAAAUCCAAAUCACAGAUGAUUUUUAACUGGUUUUAAAAACCAUAACUCCAUUCAUUUAACAAAUAAUGGUUUACUUUUCUGGCUGCCAACUUUGUUUGAGUCUGAGAGUGAGACACACCUUGAGAGCAGAGUUAAAAUUUUACUUCACUGUACAGUGGAGGAAAUACUUUUUUGGGUCAUUUUCGACCUCUUGCUCUCAAGGAAACAAUAUUCAAUGUUUUGGGUUUUUUUUGUAUUUGUGUAUUAUCACCAUUGUCGUAAUUACGGGUUUUAUUUUUAAAAACUGGUUAUGUAAACGAAAAAAGAAAAAAGAAAAAAAAAAAAGGAUGUUAAAAUCAGCAGCCUGUAGCAGACGUAUGUGCUCUGUUAUCUUCUCUCCUAACAGCAAUAAGUGUUUGGGUGUAUUUAGGAUGAAAAAAAAUCUGAGACGGAUGGUUCCAGAACUCUUAAAAACUGACAGCACACAUUAACCACAUUCAUAGAAUACAUCAAUCAUGAAACACAUUUGAUGAAAACCAAAUUGUGAAGCAUGGGUUCAGACCAGGAUUAAUGUGAGUCCUAUUCAAAAGUGUCAUGUAUGUUUCUGUUGUGUGCGCUGGCAACAUAAUGACCUGGACGCAUUGUUGGGGAAUGAAAGGGAAAUUUGUUUCUUUCAGCCCAACUUGUAAAACAGGCUUAUUUGAGGCUGACCUUUUACUUCAGUCAUUUCUAGAUAUUUAUGUUCUUUUUUUUUUCUUCUCCACAACGCCUCAUCAGAUAUUGAAAAACAUUACUGAAUUCGUGAGGAAUCCCGUAUUGCCAAACACUAUGGGAUUAUCUCCCACAUCCGAUAUGGAACAGUGAUACCAUUUUGUAAGGCUGAGUUAUUUAAUACCCUUAAAGGUGCCAUAUUUUAAUUCAUUUAGAUUUGUUGGCCAUCAGUAGUUGUGUGAGAGCAUUUGUCUCCGCUAUAAAACGGAGAAUAACUUUGGAUUCAAACAAAAAAAAAAAAUCUCUCAGGUUGGGAUCCAGGCACAAAAAAAACUAAGUUGUUCACCUUUAUGUCAACAAACAAACUCCCCAUAUAUAUCAAUAUACUGGUUAAAAAAAAACAAAAACACAUCUUUAAGUGAUUUAACUGUAAUUUCAUCUGUGUAUCCCACGUGUUAUUAAGGGAGCGUACUUGAGUGACAUGUAUAUAAAAAAAAAAAUGUGCCUAAUAGUGAUUUUUCUCUUGCCUCACCUUGUUUAAUUUUUUUCAUUUUUAACUUUUUUUUUGCCUCAAUUAUGAAAUUUAGAAGAUGUUAAACUUGAUACAAUCUCUUUUUAUUGCUGUAAAAAGUGACAAUAGGUUCAUUUUCUACGAACAAAAGAGAGCAGUGUGUGAUGGACAAAUGACUGCCCGAGUGAACAUGUGAUUUUCUGUUUAUGUUUCCACUUGUGUGUGUGUGUGUGUGUGUGUGUGUGUGCUUGCAACUGUACCCAUGUACAUACACACAAAUUAGUGUCAAACCAAUAAAAAUUAACAGCCACAUAGAUAUACAUUUUUUUCUGGUGUAAAUACAAUAAGGUUCUUCAAGGGAGCAACAUGUGCCUUUAUUCUUUAAAAAAAAAAAAUACUGUAAUUCAUUUUUUGAUGGUGAACACAAUGUUUUCUAUAUUGUUUUUAUGGUGUAUAGCAACUACUUUUUAUUACCUGACAUUUUUGUAAGU